AUGGAGGAAGAAUUUUGUUCAAAUACUUCAUCCCCUUCUGGACUCCCCUCAUCUUCUUCUACAGCCACAAAUAGUUUGGUUAUUUCAGAGAAGAAAGAAAAAAAAAAUGAACGCUUUCGUUAUGGAAAUUUUAAUCGUUAUUAUGGUGUGAGGACGAAAGGAUUUGACCACGAUCCCCGUUUGGAUAUAUUACCAAAAGAAUGGUUUAAUAAAAAAAGAAUUUUGGAUGUUGGUUGUAAUGCUGGACAUUUAACUUUAGAAAUUGCAAAGGAAUUAAAACCUUCAUGGAUUCUUGGAAUUGAUAUUGAUGAUCAUUUAAUUGGUGUUGCAAGGAAAAAUAUUAGACAUUAUUUUGAAUGUAAUGAUGGAGAUGGACAAGAGGCAGGAACCUCUUGGCAGUUAUUAUAA